AUGUCUGUUUGGGAGAAGAGCUCAGAAGUGAAAGUAGACUCCAAAGAUUGGGAAAAGAAUGAACUCCAGUGCUGCUCAGAAGGUUCAAAAGUGAAGGUCAAAGAGCCACAGAAAUUCCACAUUUGGGACAACGAUCACAAAGUGUUGGUCCUGGACUCUGGGCUCAGAACUUUCUUUGUAUUAGCCUCACACUUAGAAUCAGCCACUGUGGAUAAAGGAAAUCCAAUUUUCUUGGCUGCCUCUAAAGGGGAGUUCUGCCUCCAUUGUGACAAGGACAAAGGAAAAAGCCAGCUGUCCCUUCAGCUGAAGAAGAAACUUAUGAGUUUGGCUUGCCAGAAGGAGGCAGCAUGGAAACACUUCAUCUUUUUCAAGGCUGAUGUGGGCUCCUAGCACACCAUGGAGUCAGUUGCCCAACCUGGAUGGAUUGUCUGUACCUCCUGCAAUUCUGGUGAACCUGUCGGAGUGACAAAGUUGGAAAAAAAACACACUGAGUUUUCAUUUAAGAAGGUUUGCAAACUUUAA